AUGAUGGAUUGUACAAGGCCAUCUUCACAUCAAUUCAAGUCAUUUUUAAUAAAGGAUAUACUAGGGUUUGCUAAUAAAGAAAUACCAAAAGGCAAGAAUGAUAAUGGUACUUCACAACUGAAGAAAGAGAGCAUCCGAGAAUGGGAUGUCUUAAAAAAGAGGAAACAGUGUUCUUCAAAGGAAAGUAAGUGAUGGAAUAUCAACCAUGUUGCUCAGAGAAUUGUAUUAAAUGUCACAGUGAAUGGGUCUUUCAGUUCUUCGAUUAAUACGCAAUUGUCUGAUCAUAACUUUGCCUUGUUUGCUAUCAGUUUGGCUAGUACGUUCUCUACCAAACAUCACAGGUUGUUUUCUCCCUAUUCAGUUCUCAUGCAUCACUGAAUCAACAAUGAAGGGACUGGAUUGCCUUUAGUGGACCUCUCGGACGAAUAGUUUAGAAGUGAUAGAGCUAUGCAGUAUUCAAUAUAAAUAGAGUUAGUUUAGGUUUGCUUCUGCAGUAACACUAGCGUGACUAGACCAGUAAUGGAUGGCUCUUACCGCUGAACCUCUAGGGCAGAUAGUUUAGAGAUUAUGGAGGUACCAGUAUAAAUAAAGAUAGCAACACAUUAUACCAGCAUUCUUGCGAUGAUAUGUAAGCAUGCGUUUGUGAAGCGGUCUGUUUAUUCUUAUAUUGAAUUUCAAUAAAUCAUGACAUUUACGAUUCUGUCGGAUGAAAAACUGUCUGCAGUCUCCUUCCUACUCUACUUAAGGUCGGUACUUCAUCGGAAGCAGACAGGAAAUACACUCCAAAACUUUCUAUAUUCUGGAUAGCUCUAUCGGCAGUCCUAAACUGUUCGUCCUAGAUGUCCUGCAGUACAGUGUCAAUCCUUACUGUCAUUUUCUCCCGUAAGGGACGACACUUACGUACAAGGUAAUCUUUUUCAUUUCAUAGAAACCCAAUGUGGAAAAGGAACAACGAAUCGGGCUCCUUUCCAAAAUAAACAACGGCAGAUUUUAGAAAAACAUUUUCAGGAUUCAAAAUACGUCACGCAGAAAGAGCGUAAGAAAAUAGCCGACGAAAUAAAUCUAACCGAUCAGCAAGUGAAAAUAUGGUUUCAGAAUCGAAGAACAAGAUGGCGCAAGGCUAAUGGCAAUAAAGGGCUUGCGAAGGAAGGUUCACUUGAAGAUUGUAAAGAAAGCGUUCGUGCUGGGCAAAUUUUGUCAAAUUUUACCGAAAAGUUGUCGAUAGAUUGUGUCAGUCAGUUACAUAAACAGCUUACUGGAAAAUAA